AUGACGACUCGGAUCCUUAUCCUAUCCCUUUGUUGUGCCGUCUUCGCUGUCCAGCCAUCCGCUCCAGAUCCUAUCCCGGCCCCGUUACGUGAUCUGAAAUGGGGUCAACUUAAUUUUCUCCACACUACUGACACACACGGCUGGCUAGCCGGCCAUCUCCAAGAACCAUCUUACACCGCAGACUGGGGCGACUAUGUCUCCUUCGCAAGUCGGAUGCGGGAGAAGGCUGAGGCACAGGGACAGGAUCUAUUGGUGAUUGAUACAGGGGAUAGAGUAGAGGGAAAUGGUCUCUACGACUCGUCAGAGCCCAAGGGAGUGUAUAUCUCCGAGAUCCUGCGACGGCAACACAUCGACUUGCUCACAUCGGGAAACCAUGAAUUGUACAAGCAGAGUACCUCGGAGGCUGAGCUCUUCACCACAGUACCCAACUUCCGUGGGAGUUACCUGGCAUCCAAUAUUGACAUUCUACACCCGGUGACGGAGGAGCUGGUGCCACUGGCUCCUCGCUUUAAGAAAUUUGCUACCAAAAAGCAGGGCAUUCGCAUUGUCGCAUUUGGCUUUCUCUUUGAUUUCACAAAAAAUAGCAACAACACUGUUGUGCACUCCGUGGAGAAGACAAUCAAAGAAGACUGGUUUCAAGAAAUCAUCAGAGACAAAGAUGUUGAUCUCUUUCUGGUGAUCGGCCAUGUGGCCGUCCACUCCACGGAAUACAACGCGGUCUUCAGCGAGAUCAGGAAUGUCCGAUGGGAUACACCGAUUCAAUUCUUUGGUGGUCACUAUCACAUCCGAGACUAUGCCCGCUAUGAUUCCAAAGCGUAUGGAUUGGCCAGUGGUCGGUUCAUGGAAACCAUCGGAUUCAUGUCAAUCGAUGGCCUUGCCACCGCUACACGGCAAAUAAACCCCGUUUUGACCAAUCCUAGCUUCAAUCGAAGGUAUAUCGAUAACAACCUAUUCUCUUUUCACCACCACACCGGCCUCGCCAGUGAUACUUUUCCCACAGCCGAAGGUCGCAACGUAUCAAAACUUAUCCAAGAAAGUCGAGAGGAACUCCAGCUAGAUAAGGUUUAUGGGUGCGCCCCCAGGGAUCUCUGGAUGUCCCGCGUAAAAUAUCCGAGUGAGGAUAGCAUAUAUACCUGGCUCGCGAGCCAGGUACUCCCCGAUUCAUUGAGAGAUGACACUCGUGGCGGAAACCCCGCCCUUGCUAUUAUAAACACCGGCGCUAUCCGCUUCGAUAUCUUCAAGGGUCCCUUUACAUACGACACGACCUUCAUAGUGUGUCCCUUUACGAGCGGAUUCCGCUAUUUGAAAGAUGUUCCUUACGACAAAGCACAGUUGAUCGUGGAGAUUCUGAAUAAGCAGCCACAGAUUCUUUCCAAAGGCGGGGCUCAAGUAGAUUUUCCAACUUGGAACCUAGCACCUCCUGAGCAACAAGCUUUAUCCUCAGACUCUGUCGUGGAGAACAAUGCAAUCGGGCACGAUUCCCGCAUGAAUCAGAAACCGCUGCUGGACCUUGACCGUUCCGACAAGGACUCUAUUCCAGGAUAUACUACCGUUGACGAUGGUGGUACCGACGGUGACGAUACGAUCCAUUCGUCUAUUCCAAUGUACCGUGUUCCCAAUUGCAUUCAAUCUCUUGUCCCAGGGAACACAUCCGAAACCCCACAAACCGUUGAUCUCGUCUACAUUGAUUUCAUCGAGCCCUACGUGGCUCUUGCUGCGAAGAUGGCACGGCUGGACGUGAAUUUUACAGAGGACAGUGAUGUAUAUAUGCCGUCGACGACACUGAAUAGCAUGCUUCUGGAUUGGGUGAAGAGCAAUUGGGUGUGUGAUGCUGCAUCGCGGUAG